UUAAUUCUUUUUAUCAUAUUCCUCUGUUCAGCACUUUGGCCGACACUUGAUGUCUUUUAAAUGUGCUAUGUGAAUAAAGAUGACUUGACUUGACUUUCUGCUUUAUAUAUGCUGGAUUUCUGUUGCUACCACAACAUGGACAUCUGUGCAAGAACAGUGGAUUUUAACCAUAGUGAGCUUGAUGGAGCUCGCUCAGUAUAAAAAGCAAUGAAGUGGCUGAAAUCCAGCGCAUGUCAUCGACUGUAUCUCCACGUCAUCAUUUCAUUUUUGUCAUUUGAGGACGAUGAUUUACAGUUUUCCCUCCUGUCUGCUGGAUGCAAGCAGCUUCAGGAGCUCACAGGCGUUCCAGCUCUGAUCUGUGGAAGUCAUAUUUGAUAUCAGGAAGUUGACUUUGUUGCUCUGUGUUCAUCAGUGGACAAAUAAAGUUUUGUCACAUCCGUCAUGUUUCUUUGUCCAACGUGAGGUUUUGGAACAGAAAUUAAACACGGUCCCUGCGUUUCACAUUUAACACACUGUAGCUGUCAUCUUAGGUGGACGCCAAGCAGCAGCAGAUCGUAUCAGGAAUGUGCUGGUUUCUGUUUAACAUAGGACCCGUCUUCCUCCGACCUCUUAGGAUAUGCUGCAUGCAUCUGUGAGACUUGGAUGUCAAACACAAGGCCUGGCAAAGACACUGUUCCGGCCACUAGAUGGCUUUGGGAAAAUGUGAAGGAUGGCAUAAAAAUUUGGAGUUUAAAAUAUUUGUUAAUUUAGGUUUUAUAGCUUCUCCUUCUGAUAAAGACUUCCCCCGUGGCUAUUAAUACUAUAUCAGUUAAUUCAAUUAAAUUACAAAGUACCCUGUUUUUUCACUAUUGAUCAUAGAAACAAAAAUGGCAUCUUGUCUGAAUUAACCAACUUUUUCAUGUUUAAUUACAGGAACAUCUGGGCACUGAGCUAUCAGGGUUUUUUCAGUAAUUUCACACAUUUCUUCUAUUUUGAGCCCAAAGAAUCACGCUGAAAUAUUUAUUUCAUGUACUACAGCACCGUUUCUGUAUCAUGAGGAAAACCUGAGAUGUACCAUUGAAACAUCUCAGUGGUUAAAUGUGUAGUUAAACUUCAUUUCAUUGACUGAAAGGGCAGUUUGAUUGGUGAAUUGUAUGUUGCGUCCAAUGUAAAAUGAGUUUGACAUCCCUGCUUUAUAGUAUCAUGUGUGAUGACCUGACCUACAGACUCUUGCCUGUGAAAUAUAGAAGUACCUUAUGUCUUCUGUGGAGUUUGUUCCUAUAUCAGUAACUGCUCCAGGUUUUAAUCAGUUCAAAGGUUUUACACUGACGCACUGAUUUUCACGCACACAGCAACGUUUCAUUAUUAUUUUGUUUUUUCUAUUUAAAUCUAGUUUCUUAACCACAUUAUGUUUCGGGCCUUUCCGUGAGCACUCGUUCACUCGUAGAUUGCGCACCUGUGCCGCCUCAAACCCAUUUCCUGAUUGGCUGACUGAAAGCGUCGUGGUCUCGCGGGGCACACGCGCAGCAGAGCAGAGUUGUCUCUGACUCUCUGCCGGAGCUGUCCGGCUUACGUUUAAUAAUCUCCCUUCAGUCAUUUGGCUUUUCCCCACCUUGCUUUGCAAAAAUGGAGUUAUUUUCUCGCUAUCUGGAUAGAAGCAAUUCGGUCAGCUCUGUCAUAACUCACGACAUUAUGAAAGAGGAGAACCUCAGAGAUGACCUGAGGUAUUAUUUCAUGAGCCCCUGUGAGAAGUACAGAGCCCGAAGACACAUUCCCUGGAAAAUGGGAGUCCAGAUCCUGAAAAUCAUCAUGGUCACCACACAACUCGUCCUGUUCGGCCUCAACAACCAGCUGGUGGUUUCCUAUAAGGAAGAGAACACCAUGGCGCUCAAACACCUUUUCUUAAAAGGCUACAGCGGGCUCGAUGAGGACGACUACAGCGUUGCCGUCUACACAAAGCACGACGUCUAUGAAAGUCUGUUUUAUGUCAUGGAUCAGUACAGUCAGCUGGGCCAGCUCUCCGUGGGCCCGAUCAGUUACGCAGAGGAUGAAAAUGGCAAGUUGCUGCCCCUCACCAUAUGUAAAGAGUACUAUAGGAGGGGCAGCGUGGAGCCUUCAGAUGAGAUCUAUGACAUCGAUGCUCAGCUGGAGACGGUUUGUAUGUCACACGAUCCAAAUACUGCAAACCUGUGGAGAGCAGAGAAUUCAUCCUUUUUUAAUCUGGAUUUUUACAGGCUUGUCGACAUCAAAAUAACCUUCCAGUUGAAGGGAAUCAACCUCCAGACAGUGCGUUCGCGAGAGUUACCCGACUGCUACUCCUUCUUUGUUACGAUAACGUUCGAUAACCAGUGUCACAGUGGAAAGGUGAAACUAUUCCUGGACAUAGACGCUGAAAGCAGCGCGUGCCGAGACUGGAAGAUAUCGGGGACGGCUCAGAAGAACACACACUAUCUGCUGGUAUUUGAUGCCUUCGUCAUUCUGAUGUGCCUCACAUCAGCCGUGCUGUGCACUCGCUCCAUCAUACUGGCCGUCAGGUUACUGCAGAGGUUCUCCAGAUUCUUCCAUGAAAACUUUAAUCGGAAAGUGUGCGAGGACGACCAGAGGGAGUUUCUGAACGGCUGGUACUUGCUGGUCAUCGUCAGCGACCUCUUCGCCAUAAUUGGAUCGAUUCUGAAGAUGGAGAUACAAGCAAAGAACCUUACAAAUUAUGACGUGUGCAGUAUCUUCCUGGGGACGUCUACAUUACUGGUGUGGGUUGGAGUGAUCAGGUACCUGGGAUACUUCCAGAAAUACAAUGUGCUGAUCCUAACCAUGAAGGCAGCCUUUCCAAAGGUCCUGCGUUUCUGCUGCUGUGCUGGCAUGAUCUACCUCGGCUAUACUUUUUGUGGCUGGAUUGUACUGGGGCCGUACCACGAGAAGUUUGAGGGCCUGAGUCUUGUGGCAGAGUGCCUGUUCUCUCUGCUGAAUGGAGACGACAUGUUCACCACCUUCGCCCAGCUUAAGGACAAAAACACCUUGGUGUGGCUCUUCAGUCGGGCUUACCUGUACUCCUUCAUCUCCCUGUUCAUCUACAUGGUGCUGUCGCUCUUUAUCGCUCUUAUAACCGACGCCUAUGAGACCAUCAAGAGUUACCAGAAAAAUGGGUUCCCGCAGACCGACCUGCAGAAGUUUCUCCACGAGCCGACAGAGCUGCCUAACAUAGAGGAGAGCGAUCAGACAGACGUCAGCGUCAGGCACUCUGUACUCUGCUACUGCCAGUGAGUUCCAGCAAAUGAUGAUGUCAUACUUAUCAGCUGACGGCUGCCCCGCCUCUGGAUGAGACAGUUUAGGGAGGAAAAUGCUGGGAACAAUACUUCACAUGUCUGAGAUAAACUUCUCAACGCUGAAACACUGAAAAAAUCCUGGAGAAUGUAGAUUUACACGUGUAACAUCCCGUGAGGUGCAAUAAGAAAGGCCAAAUGAGUUUCCUUCACUGAACGGGAGUCAGGAGCUCAAGAUGCGGAGCUGGAACUGGGACUAAGAAGAAGUGGCUGCUUGGAUUAAUUGUGUAUGUUUAUAAUACUGCUUAGAUGUUUAUUUGGCCAAGGAGUUUGGUCGAGUGCUGUUGGGGAAUGUACAACAUUAAAGUUAAUUUAUUAAGUGUUGAAGUAAAGGUUGCAGCAAGGCUAA